AUGCGUGAAAUAGUCCAUCUCCAGGCGGGUCAGUGCGGCAAUCAGAUCGGCUCUAAGUUCUGGGAGAUAAUAUCUGACGAGCACGGCAUCGACCCGACCGGCGUGUACCGAGGGAACAGUGACUUACAGCUGGACAGGAUCCAGGUGUAUUAUAAUGAAGCCGCUGAUGGUAACCGCUACGUUCCUCGAGCAGUGCUCGUGGACCUCGAGCCAGGCACCAUGGACUCCAUCAGAGGCUCGAGCCACGGCAGACUGUUCAGACCUGACAACUACGUGUUCGGACAGAGCGGCGCGGGCAACAACUGGGCGAAGGGCCACUACACGGAGGGCGCGGAACUGAUAGACGCAGUCAUGGAUGUGGUGAGGAAGGAGGCGGAGCCCUGCGACUGUUUACAAGGUUUCCAGUUAACUCACUCGCUGGGCGGCGGGACUGGCUCCGGGCUUGGGACUCUGCUGCUGAGCAAGCUAAGAGAAGAAUACCCGGACAGAAUCGUCAACACGUUCAGUGUGACUCCUUCACCGAAGGUGUCUGACACAGUGGUAGAGCCGUACAACGCGACACUCUCCGUCCAUCAGCUUGUAGAGAACACGGACGAGACCUUCUGUAUCGACAACGAGGCGCUCUACGACAUCUGCUUCAGGACACUGAGACUCGCGACACCCACUUACGGAGACCUCAACCACUUGGUUUCGUUGACAAUGUCCGGAGUGACCACUUGUCUUCGUUUCCCGGGACAGUUGAACGCGGACCUCCGCAAGCUGGCCGUCAACAUGGUGCCCUUCCCGAGACUGCACUUCUUUAUGCCCGGGUUCGCCCCCCUCACCGCGCGCAACAGCCAGGAGUACAGAGCGCUCACGGUAGCCGAGCUUACACAACAGAUGUUUUCUCCGGUCAACAUGAUGGCAGCGUGCGAUCCUCGGAGAGGUCGCUACCUCACGGUGGCAGCCAUCUUCAGAGGACGAGUCAGUACUAAGGAGGUGGAGGAACAGAUGAUCAGUGCCCAGGAUAAGAACAGCAGCUACUUCGUUGAAUGGAUACCGAAUAAUGUCAAAGUUGCUGUGUGUGACGUACCGCCGCGCGGACUGAAAAUGGCGGCAACAUUUGUUGGUAACUCGACCGCCAUACAGGAGAUCUUUAAAAGAAUCUCUGAACAAUUCACGCUGAUGUUCAGAAGAAAGGCCUUCCUUCAUUGGUACACGGGUGAAGGAAUGGACGAGAUGGAAUUCACAGAGGCGGAGAGCAACAUGAACGACCUCGUCUCAGAAUACCAGCAGUAUGAGGUGAGGAGAUUAUUAAUCAUGAACAGUGGUUCCGAACUUGUGGGCUGCAAGAUUCAAAAAGUGGUUCCCAACCGAUGGGCCGCGAAGUCAAAACUCAUUUAA